AUGAAGGAAGUUGGAAAAGUUGAAUAUUUGUGCCUCAAUAUUAACAAUUAUGGACUUGUAUUGGGUAUCGCUGCUAAAAUCUCCGAUAAAUUUCAGUCGGAGGAGAACCAUAGCUUGGAUAGUGACGAAGAAGAUUUUGAAUUCUCUUUAUCCUCUGAGAAUUCGGAUAACUCAAUCGAGAAAUUCAUCUAUUACUCUCUGACUAGAUUCCAGCAGCCAAUUUUCUAUCUUUUCAACCGGGAUCUAUUGCUAAGCGAUUCAUAUUGGAAUGAUGUUGAUAAAUCAAUGAAAAUUGAAUCAUAGGAGGAGAUGAUACCUGCCGGAAGUUACUGUAUGAGGAAGUUGAAGAUAAGUGAGGCAUUACCAGGAAAGUGCAACAAGAGUAAAUUAACCGGAUCUGUAUGGAAGCGAUGGCCGAAGAUCCGAGAUCUGUUACAGAGGAGUAAUAAUGAUGGUAAGGAAGAGGAAAAUUUUGUAUCUCUCACAGGAAAAGAAAAAUCAAAAAAUUCAAGUGAGCUUGUGAAGACGGUCGAAAAAUUAUUGAAGCAGAAGAAAACCAGCAGAGGAGAGAAGGGUUCACCGGCGUCUCAUGAAAGAACUCAUAGGAUUUUUCGCUAUUGGUGGGCGGCAGUUUCUGGUGUUACAAAAAUUAGAGAAAAAGCGACGUACGAUGUGGUUUUGUCUGGGAAGAGUGGAACGGAGAACUUGUACGCGUUUAGCUCCGGUUCAUCGGAGUUAUUGCCGGAAUUGCUGGCUUCGGGAAUAAAGAAUAAGUAUGGUCGUUAUAGUGGUGGAAAGGCGGGUUUUCUGGUUUGUUACAUGUGGUCGGAGAAAUUUGAGGAACGGGGUCUGGUUGGUGUCGUUUGUUCACUUGUUGUGUGGGUGAGGGACUGUUUUGCCAGAGACAAUGGAGAAAAGGGGAGAUAUGAGCUCGAAAAUGUGGCGGGGUUUUGGGGUCUCAAAGAAAUGGAGAAAUGGGGAGGCGGUGGUGGAUGUUCAAAUGGAUCUGGUGGCUAUUGGGAAAUGGAAGUGAGGGAAGGGUCGAGGGGUCGUUAG